AUGUAUCAUUUAAACUUGAGAGUCUUAUUAUAUUUCACAUAUUUGAUUCAUUGUAUAUUUGUUUCUUCUUAUAGCACAUCAAAAAGUAAAGAAAAUGGGAAUACUUUAUUUACUAACAUUCUUAUGAAUAAAAAUAGGAAUAAUGAUUUAAGUGAAUUGAAUUUUAGUGAGGUGUAUGAUAUGAAGAGACCUAAAGGAAGAAAUAUUAACAAUUCAGAAAUGAAUAGUCAUAAUAAUAGUAAUAAUAAUAUGAAUGGUGGUUUAAAAAUGAGAAAGAAUGUAAAUAAAUUAUUUAACACUUUAUAUCCAAAUGAUAUAAAUAAAGAAGAAAAAGAAAUUAAUAAUACUAAUAAUGUAAAUGAAAAGCAAAGUUAUAUAAAUAAUACAAAUAAUAUAAAUAACAUAAAUGAUAAUAAUAAUAAUAAUAAUAAUAAUAGUAAUUAUGAUGAUAUAUUAUAUAAAAACGAAAAAGAUGACUUAUAUCAUAUGAAUGAUAUAGAUAAUGUCAAAAUAAUUAAUGAUGAUUCACAAUAUAAUAAAACAUCUUCAUAUGAAGAAAAACAAAAAACAACAUUUGAUAUUGUAGGUAAUAAUGAAAAAAUGAAAAGUGAAUCUAAAUUUGCUAUUGUUAAUUAUUUAAAAGAUUUCUUUCAAAAUUCACCCUAUGUAAAAAAUUUCCAAAAUACUAUUGAAGUUUUUUUUAAUAAAUAUGAUCAACGUAUUUUGGAGUCUACUGUUUUUUUUAAUUUUGAUGAGACAUUAUUCUGA